ACGUCUUGCUUAAUAAUAUUAAAUUAUCAUUUAAAAAUGUGAAAAAGUGCAAAAUCUAAUAAACAUAUUCAAUUAAAACAUAAUGAAUAUUAAGUAAGAGUGUUUUGAUAAAAAUUUCUGAGAAAAAAUGUAGUGAGAAUGCAGUAUUUGUUCCUGAGUUCUCAAUCGAAGGCGAGAGAAUUUGCUGUUGUCUUUGUGUUGCAUGUUUUUGGCGGGAAAUGCCCAUUGCAAAGUAUGGCUGUAAGUUUUGUGUCAAGAACAAUGUUUCGGGAAGAAAUGUUUGUGAAAUGGAUUAACCUACUGUUUUCCUGAAAUACUUAUGAUGUUUUUCUUAUUGGACAUUAUCAGAGAAGAGGAAGAAGCAAAGGCAGUAGAAGAGCAAGAAAAACUCAGAGAUCCCGCCUAUCAACAGUGGUUGCAAUACCAAGAAAAAAUGGAAGAAAUGAAGCGACAAGCCGAAGAAAAGGAACACAAAGAAAUUGAGGCAAUGUGGCUGAAACGGGAAGAACUUGCCCAAAAACAAUUUCAAAAGGAGGAAGAACAACGCUUGGCACGGGAAAAAGCCCUCGAACAAAUACGAGAAUUUCAAUAUAAAAGACUCAGAGAAAAAGAAGAAAUUGAAAGAAAGAAACGGGAAGAAGCGGAAAAGAAAGCAGAGGAGGCAACAAAAUAUGUGGCUGAAAUUGCUUAUCUAUGUCAUGAGUACCUGGAAAAUCCUGAAAUGAAAACCCCCGAGCAACUAAAUGUUUUAUCUGAAUCUCGUCCGGGUGCAUUAGGAUGUGAAUUUUAUAAGAAAACACAAUGCUGUCGUUAUGAACCCAGAUGUGGUCUUAAUCACAGCCGUCCCUUGUUAUCACAUGUUAUUCUUAUAAGGAAUUUCUUUCAACAUGCCUUGUUCGAAAAGAGACAACAUAAGGGAUCCGAUAGGCAGUUGGAGUUCAGUGAAGAGGAUUUGAAAAAGGACUAUGAGGAGUUUUGUAAUGACGUGUGGCCUGAACUGGAACAUUUUGGUAAAAUCGUCAAUUUUCGCACAACAAGAAAUGCUCAUCCAAGAGGUGGUCAUGUUUUUGUGGAAUAUGCUGAAAAAAGAUCUGCCCUGAAGGCCUUUACAAAUCUGCAAAAUCGUUUUUAUGCUGGCAGACAAUUGAGUGUGGAAUUUAGCCAUGUAACAUAUUGGCGUGGUGCUCUUUGUGGUUUGGCAUUGGGACGUAAAUGCAACAAGGGCGAUAAAUGCAAUUUCCUACAUAUCCUUGCAAAUCCAGGAAAUAAAUACAAUACCAAACUGGAGAAAAUAGGAAAACCAAAACCGCAAAACCCUGUGCCAAAGGGUGACAAUUUUGAAAAUGAGCCGGCCUCAAGCUCAAGACGUAAUUGGCGUUGGUCUGAAAGUCCCGAAAUGGAGCUAAGGCCCAAAGAGCCGGAAAAGCCGACAGCUCCUGAAAAUAAUAAAACCAAGAGUCCCAUUGUUAUUAUCUCAUCAUCAUCUGAAGACGAAGAAGAAAAAGUCAAAAUAAAAAUAGAAUCUAAGCCACAAUCUUCUGCAACAAAUCAUAAAACUAAGAGUGACAUUAAACCUAAGCAAGAAUCUGCUAAACAUAGUUCUAAACGCCAUAGGCAAGAAUCGUCAAGUAAACGAAAAAGUUCUCAAAGUACCUCCGACAUGAUUAUGAUUUCGUCAACAAGUGACGAUGAUUCUGAUAUCAUUUUAAUACAAACUCCCCAGCGAAAGUCGGGGGAUGGAGACAAAUCGCCAUAUAAACAUAAAUAUCACAAGAGAAAAUCUUCUCAUGAAUCAUCCAGUCGUUCUAAUUCUGGUCGCAGCCGUUCUAGCUCUGCUCAUAGAACUUGAUGUGUGUGUUUUCGUUCGGAUUGAAUUUACAAAUGUUAAGAUUACACCUAAUUGAGUGCCAUAUUAUAAUGUAAGUAUUUUUAAGUAGAUUUUGCGAUUAAAAUACUUAACUAUACAGUAUUUGAAAUACAAACAAAAGAUUGAAUAUAUUUUGUAAUAAAAUAUGUAUUUGAAAAAAAGAAUGGAAA